AUUGUCACACACGCAUAAGCUGGAACAUAAGAAGUAUCGCCCCUCAUUUGGCCUUUUCUUUCUUUGAACAUAACACAGUCAGCCCCAAUCUACCUAUUCUUCAUCUCCCUUACUACUCCCAACAACAAACAACAACUCCCCCUCUUUCAUUGACGAUCUCCACGAAGCUCUUCUUCUUCUUUUUCUCUCUCUCAUUCAUUCCUUCAAAUUCUCACUCCAUCACCCCCAUUCUCCUUCUCUUCAAUCACCCUUCUCCUCCUAACCUGGAUCUUCAACUUCGUUGGCCCUGAUUUGCAAAUUUUGGGGAAGGCCUCUGGUGAGGAAAUAUGGCUUCUUCUGCAGCUCUUACCGGUGCUUCGGCUUCGGAUCUUCUAAGGAGUUCAACUAGUGGUUUCAGUGGUGUCCCUUUGAGAACCUUGGGAAGGUCAAGGUUGGCCAUAAAAACAAGGGAUUUUUCAGUUGUUGCUAAGCUCAGGAAGGUUAAAAAGCAUGAAUAUCCCUGGCCUGAUAACCCUGAUCCCAAUGUGAAGGGUGGGGUGCUAAGUCAUCUGUCCCCUUUUAAGCCAUUAAAAGUGAAGCCAAAGCCUGUCACUUUGGAUUUCGAAAAGCCUCUUGUUGAUCUGCAAAAGAAGAUCAUCGAUGUGCGAAAGAUGGCAAAUGAAACGGGUCUGGACUUCAGCGAUCAGAUUCUCUCAUUGGAGGCCAAGUACCAGCAGGCUUUAAAGGAUCUAUAUACACAUCUGACUCCUAUACAGCGGGUCAGCAUUGCGCGGCAUCCUAACAGGCCCACUUUUCUUGAUCACAUCUUUAACAUAACUGAAAAGUUUGUGGAGCUCCAUGGUGACCGGGCUGGUUAUGAUGAUCCUGCUAUUGUGACUGGUAUUGGUACUAUAGAUGGUAGAAGAUACAUGUUCAUUGGUCACCAAAAGGGUAGAAAUACGAAAGAGAACAUUCAGCGUAACUUUGGGAUGCCAACCCCACAUGGCUACAGGAAGGCUCUUCGCUUAAUGGAAUAUGCAGAUCAUCAUGGGUUCCCAAUCGUUACUUUCAUUGACACACCUGGGGCAUAUGCUGACCUUAAAUCAGAGGAACUAGGCCAAGGUGAAGCAAUUGCUCAUAAUUUGAGAUCCAUGUUCGGUUUGAAGGUGCCAAUUGUCUCUAUAGUUAUUGGUGAAGGCGGUUCUGGUGGUGCCCUAGCCAUUGGAUGUGGUAAUAAAUUACUCAUGCUUGAAAAUGCAGUUUUCUAUGUUGCCAGUCCAGAGGCAUGUGCAGCAAUCUUAUGGAAGACUGCUAAAGCUUCUCCAAAGGCUGCUGAGAAACUGAAGAUUACAGCGAAUGAAUUGUGCAGAUUGCAAAUUGCUGAUGGUGUUAUACCUGAACCUAUUGGUGGAGCACAUGCAGAUCCAAAUUGGACCUCUCAACAGAUAAAAAUUGCAAUCAAUGAAGCCAUGAGCGAGCUCACCAAGUUGAACACAGAAGAUCUAUUAAAAGAUCGCAUGCUUAAGUUCCGAAAGAUAGGUGGGUUCCAGGAAGGAAUUCCUGUAGAUCCUAAGAGGAAAGUCAACAUGAAGAAGAAGGAUGUACCUGUUGCUGUAAAGAUUCCCGAUGCUGAGUUAGAGGUUGAAGUUGAGAAACUUAAGCAACAAAUUUUGAAUGCUAAUGAAUCUUCUUCCAAGCCUCCAAAACUAGAUCUGGAUGAGAUGAUAAUGAAACUAGAAAGGGAGGUUGAUCAAGAAUACUCUGAGGCAGUUAAAGCCUUGGGCUUAACAGACAGGUUCUCGAAAUUACAGGAGGAAGUUUCAGCAGCAAAUUCAGAUAAUCAACUUUCUGACCCAUUGCUGAAGGAUAAGAUAGAAAAACUAAAGGUGGAGUUUGAACAGGGUUUGUCAGCAGCUCCCAAUCAUGGCAGGCUGCAGAAUAAGCUUGAUAUGUUGAAAGAAUUGUCUAAAGUAAAGCAUCUGUCAGAAACAAAAAAGCAGAAACAAGAAGUGAGAAAGAAAUUUGUUGAGGUCAUCAGUAAUCCUAGAAUAAAAGAAAACUAUGAAGCAUUGACUGCUGAAAUUCAACGUGUAGGCGCAUCCUCAUCAAGCGAUUUGGAUGAUGAGUUGAAGAACAAAAUCAUUGAGUUUAAUAAAGAGGUAGACUCACAGCUGGUUAAUGCUCUGAAGUCAGUAGGCUUAGAUGUUCAGUUGGUAAAAGCAGAGGGACGAGACAGCAAGGAGUCUGAAGUGUCAGAGUAUGUUCCAGAGAUAGAAGAACUAAAGAAGGAUAUAGAAAAGGAGAUUGAAAUUUCGGCAAGCUCAUCUGAUGUUAAGAGCAAAAUAGAGCAAUUGAAACUGGAGGUUGCCAAGGCUGGAGAGACACCUGAUCCAGAAUCAAAGAAAAGAAUUACUUCUUUGAUGCAACAAAUUAAGCAGGGCCUUGUAGAGGCCAUUGACUCAUCUAGCAUAAAAGAGAAGUAUGACAAUCUGGUGUCUAAGGUUUCCAGCAAACCUGAAGAGGUGGAUGGAGGUUUGAGAGGAGACAGUUCUACCACCACCAAUGACGAGUUGAGAGAGAAAGUUGGUGCGAACCGCACCAUUUCUUAAAAUUUCUGCUCAUAUGGCGCUAGUGAAGAUGGUGCUGACCUGCAUUAAGUUAUAAAUGGAAUAGUGGAAACUGAACCAGUGUCUUAAGCUGGUUGGUUGUACAUCAUCGAGUAUCAUGGCCAUAUUUCUUUAAAACAGUUUUGGGGGAGUUUCAGGAGAGAUACCAUGUGAAUUGUGGCUGAUAAUUUUCUUUCAUAUUCCAACAGAAGACCAGAAGGGAGAAUAAAAUUGAAAACCAUCUUGUGUUUGUUUGAGUCAGAAUAUUGCAGUUAAUUUUUAGAAUGACUUUCCUAUCUGCACUUUUUUCUUUCUUUUCUUUUAUUAAAAGAUUAAAAUAUUGCAUUUCUCCCUCUAUAGAACUUAGAUGAACAUUGUAUAAAUUGCUUGAGUUUUGAAGAACCUAAUAAUAUGACAAUGUGGUGAUAUUAUGACUGUUUGCAA